GAAUUUGACGGAUGGCGGUGUGUAUGAGGUGCGAAUUCAGGCCAGAGCAAGAAGCAUGUUCCACAAGGACUUGGUGUACGAGGGGGCCUAUUCAGAGACGAGAAAGACACUCGUCACUGUCGAUUGCCUAGCUUCUUGGACGUCUUCGUCGUCGUCGUCUUCUUCUUCGAGUUUGGGAGAAAAGGUGUUGCGUCCAACUGUCCUUUUGGCAGCUGUGGUGACUUGUGGAGGCCUUGCUGUGCUUUUGGCCACAUGUGGCCUCCUGCUUUGGAGGAAAAACGUGGCAGCAGCACACGGUUCACCACCCGCAAAUGGCGGUGGGAAGGAGAAUGUGGUGGCAGCAGCCAUGACGCACGAGGACGGCAAUGACGACAGCGCCGACUGGCGGGCGAUUCCAGCAGCACUGUUCCCCGCGCAUGUGGCCCGCAUGCAUGCAGACUGUGACGCAGGCUUUUGCACA